ACUUUUACACCCGAGUUUGUACUGUCGUCAAGAUGGGUGAUUUAGAUGCACACAAAUAUUUACCUUUAUUAUUAUUAUUAUGUGUCAUUUCUACAACUGGGGAGCGACCUCGUAUGAUUUUCACUGACAGAGAUACCACAGUAGUGAGCCGGCGGUUGCCUCCUGCACCUGUCCAGAUCCUAUUGGAAAAAGAAAAUGUAGUGACAGCUAUUGGAACAACACAGACACGCCUAAUACAGUUUAUGAAUCAACAAACGCAGAUUCCUGUGGACCUCUCAGUGGAGUGGGAUGAAUGUUCUAAAGAUUCUGCCAACACCAAAGUUUGCAUUUACAACUUAACUGUCAUCCUUAAAAGACAAGGAGCCAACCAAAUAUUUGCCUGUGGAAAUAGUGGGACAGAUAUCACAUGCUGUAACUUGACUGUUUCAGAACAUUCAGUCAAAUGCACUCCUUCUGAUACGGUGAACAGUAUCAUAGAGCAAAAGAGACGCUCUAUUGUUAUGGAAGGUGAAGCCUCUGCUUUUGUUGAAAGUCCAGAUGGCGCUGAGCUCUACAUCGCAUUCUCUCGAUCUCAAAACUUCAUAACUGGCAUUUACAGGUUUGGAAAACACACUGUCAGGCCGGGUUACCAUGUUGAAGAGCAGCACUAUAUUGAAUUAAUACUAAGUAAACAGGAGCGUGAAAAUGAUGUUCUUCAAGAUAAGAUCUAUGGCUUUUACAACGAGAAGAACAAGGACACUGACAUGUACAGUGACAUGUGGAAGUCGUUUGUUACACAGAUUUGCGUGACAGAUAACGGUGGUCCUAAGAACAACCUGCAGUCUACCUGGACAUCCCAGCUGAAUGCCCGUCUUUUCUGUGGUGACAAGGACCAGAAACAGCACUUCUCAGAGCUGGUGGAUAUUGCUACAGUAGAAGCUGACCAUUGGCAGGACACAAGGGUCUAUGGACUAUUCAGAAACGAAUGGGGAAUGAGUGCAGUGUGUGUAUACACAAUACAAGAUAUCAACCACGUCUUUAAAACCUCUCCAUUCAAAAACUCAGAAAUGCAACCGGAUAGAUCUAGAACGUGUGUAGGAGACAGCACGAAACUCCCGAUCACAGUCCUGAAGCAAAUAGAGGCCAAUUCUGAAAUGAAGAACUACAUCGAGCCACAGAACAGUUCUGGCCCACUUCUGAUAAGUCGCCACCACUAUACUCGAAUCACCGCUCACCGUCUCCAGAACCACACAAUCCUGUUUAUUGCAUUGCAUAAUGGCAUGAUUCAUAAGGUCAUGCUCAAGCAGACUGCUACAGAUGCCAUUUCCUAUGUCAUAGCUGAAUACAGACCCUUUAACCACAGAGCUUUCAUUGUUAACUUGGACCUACAUCCUACCACCAGGACGCUGUACAUCGCUUCCAGGACGGAAUUGGCCCAGAUGGAUGUGGCAAACUGUCAGGGCUAUGGAAACUCUUGUGAGGAGUGCAUCAUGGCCAGAGAUCCCUACUGUGGCUGGAGUGAAGGCCAGUGUACCAAAGAUGGGUCACCGCAGGACACUGAACACCUUGCCAUUUGUCCCAUUUUGGCUCAAAUCAAUCAAGCUAAAGAUGAGUCAAAAGAUGUUGUGAACAAGAUCCUCAUUCCUCUUGGUUCUCGGUACUUCUUUGAGUGUCCGGUGUCAUCUCUUCAUGCCAACUACACUUGGUACCAUAACAGCAGCCCUACAGUGUCCUGCAGUGGAGACGAGCAUCAGUGCUUUAUGCUCAUCCACAGUGUGAAGCCAGAGCAGUUGGGCACAUACACUUGUGUGUCAAUGGAGCAGGGAUACAGACAGGUGUUGGCUCAGUACCAGCUCGAAGUGGAUGACUGUGCUAAUGGCUUUACUCCAGGUGCUCUGCUCUGGGUUUCUCUCAUAGCAGCUUUUUUGGUCCAGAGCUGAAAAUUAUGUCAUAAUAUACAUUGCGAAUACUGUUUUUGCACUUUUUACAUUAACAGUAGUUCAUUUCAAAUUGUUUUUUGAAGUUCUCUCAGGAUAGAUUUGUGUGUCAUAAGUGUUCAGGCAGGAUUCCUUCUGUAAAUUAAACCUUUAAAUUUAUGACAUAUUUGAGUGCCUGGGCACUGGCCUGUGGUUCAAUGUAACUUAUUUGUAACUGCAUACUACCUCAUGAUUUCUUGACAGCUUGUGUUAGUGUGUUAAAUAGUGUUAAAAUGCUGAACUAUUGUAACCUUGUUCUUUUACACUGAUGUAACAUGAUUUAAUAUAAGUGUUUGUUUUAGCAACUUUACUUUUAAGUGUCUAUCCAAAUGCAAUACAUCAGAUAUACUGUGAACAUGAAUCAUCUCGAGUUACUAAUGUCCCAUUGCCUGUGAAAAUAGACCAGUAAAUAAAGUCUUGUUUUAUUUCUCUAAA